AUGGCCAGAACGAAAAGAACCGCAAGGAGGGAUGAGAGGGAUGGCUCUAUCAUGGUACCUCGAAACGAGGUUUAUUAUGACAGGCCUGGAACCCCGAGUACUCCAGAUGAUUCUAUCUUAGACUUACCGCCUGGUCAGCAUGAGGCUGAAUCUGACCAGGACUCUUCCCAAUCUUUUUCCCUUUCAUCCUCAAAUUCUUCCUCAGACGGCUCAGAAUCUGAACAGGGGUCGUCUGAAAAGCCUGACGAGGAGGCCGCUUCCCCUGAAAGGGGUCAAGAAGAAGCGAUGUCUCAGCUCCCUCCCAGCAAGAAAUUAAGCGGCUCCGCCUCCGCCUACCGCCAGAUGAUGAACAAGAAAAACCAGAUCUUCAAGAGGGAACAACUUCAACAUGAGGGCUCAGUGAAGCCUCCUGUAGUCACUGGGGUUAAUCUCAAACCCCCCAAGCGGACUGCAAAGGAGGCGUCUCCGACGCCUGCUAAACGCUCCUGGAAGACGGUAGCUCAUAAGUCCUCCACCAGCAACUCCGGAUCACAUCCCUCCACAGGCGGCAAAUCGACGGUUGCUCUCUCCGCUCUCAAGGAGGCAUCCGAAUCCAAGGACUCGCCGUCUGCUCGAGAAGAAGCCCCCUCCCAAGCUCCAGACCUUAGAGAAGUUGCUAAGGAAAUGCUCCGUCGAGGAGUUACUGCUGAGCAACGUGCCUCCAUCCGGGAAGUUGGCAGCAUGAACCUGGAUGCCAUCCUUGCUCUUCUCGCAGAGGCUAUGCUGCGAGUGAAUGGCCUUAAAAAGCCAUUCAACGAGAAGACCAAGGAGGCGGCUGCUAACUUGCAGGUUAAGAAGGAUUUGGAGGCGGCUCAGCAGAGAGUUUUGGAGCGGAAGGGGGAGCUGAAGGCGACCAAGGUGGAGCUAGGCAAGCUACAAGACAUCAACAGGGACACAUCCGUCAGGUCGAGAGCUUAA